AAUGGAUAAGAUCGAUCUCUCCCAUGUUGUCCUAAUCUUCUUUUUUCUUCAGAUUUACUUCUCGGGUCAUUUCCCAUCACUUUGUUGGGAAAAAACGGGUGGUUUUCCUCCUAACUCUCGAGGCAUCCCACAAGUUUGUGGAUAGUGAUCCAAUUUUCAUCCAUUUCAGACCUUUUCGUGUAGACCCACUUCAAUGCCUCAGCGCAAAUUGGCUUAAUAAUCGUUUCUCAGCGGCAGAUUUCCAAUUGGGCGACGGGGGACCCGAUACUUGGUUGUGUGGAGGGUACUGGACACUCGCUCUUGGCCCGGAAUCAAAAGCUUUAGAUGUGUUGCUUGAAAGCGAUUUGAGGACACUCGUCGCUCAAAGAGAGGGAUACCGAUCAAUAUCAGUCUUUAUCGAGAUUUUGAAUGCUGGAUUUUCUGUGGGAUGUGAGUAAUUUUCUACGUGUUUAUCCAACUGUGAGAAGGGAUUUUGAUUUCUUUAUUUUAUUUGUGGCUCUAUGUAAUUCUGAAGCAAUAGAGACCAAGGGUUUUUUUGUCUGGCCCUGUUUGUGUGAUGUGGGUUUGUUCCAUUGCUGGAGAUUGGCACGUUCUUGAAGGAGACGAUCAGUACAGAAAUAUUGAUCCCAGACGUUUUAUCUGGGUUGAGUUGUGAGACAACCUAGAUUUUCCUUUUGAUCUUGUCGUGGACGAUUCCUCCCAUGUUGUUGCUACUUUGAUCUUUAACCAUGGAGGAUGCUGUUGAGACGCUACCGAAAGUCGAAACGAUCGAUAACGAACUUCAACUUGCAAGAUUCUCGUGUCACCAGUCUCGUAUUAAAGCAUACUCGUCAACCUGGCUCGAUUUGAGAGUCUUCUAUGUUAGGAUUAGUAACUUCCAAGUCGACAGCUUGACGCCCGAGUUUCUCACACUCAACCAUAUACCUCUAAGUCCAGACACCCUUUUUGAGGUGAAUGGUAUUAGAUGCAGUAGUCACUCAGAGGGCGUGUCUUCCUCUCUGAGAAGAGACAGGGCUGAUAAGAAAUCAGAAGAAGCUACUUUUGUGACUACUGAUAAUAUAAGGUUGAGUGGAAGUGUAAAGUUUGAGGUAUAUGAUAAGGAAGAUUUGAUUCUUUCUGGGAUUCUCGAGAUAUCGAAUUGUAAUGGUUUGUUAGGCGAAUCGAAAGGCAAUGCCAAGAGGUGGAACAUGAGUUGUGAGUCGAAGUUGUGUGCUGGUUUCUUGAAGGGAAAGCAUAUGAUUGGAGCUGAAACCGCUUCCCCGAUAAUCGAGAUUUACGUAGCUGGCAGCUUCUCAGGCAAUCCUAUAAUCUUGACCAGAACUUUGCAGCUAAGCUCCCGAAAGAAGCCGAGUUGGAAAUCCAUGUUGGACGCCAUUCCAGAGUCUGAGACACCUGAAUCUAAUGAAGAUCACUUUCCAGAAUAUGAUUUACAGGCCACAGAAUAUGCAAGAUACAAACAGGACAUCGACGACAACCACUACGACGACUACUACAACAACACGUACUGGAAGAGGAGAGAAUAUUUAGAGAAUGAAGAUGGUGAACUCUCCUGGUUUAAUGCAGGUGUGAGAGUUGGUGUUGGUAUAGGGCUUGGUGUUUGUUUAGGAAUCGGCGUGGGAGUCGGCUUGCUCGUCCGUACCUACCGAGCGACGACUCGGAACUUCACAAGGCGGUUCAUUUAACAAAGCCCCACAGUCAUUGAAGUAUGUUUUUUGCAGAGAAAGUUGUGUAGCUGAAAUUUUGAUUGUGGAAAAACUUGGAUGCUUAAAGAGAGUGAUGGAGCAUUACUUGUUGAGAUGAUAGAUCAUCUUAAGCUUUGUAAUCCCUUGUCUGUGCAUUAUAGCAGUGUGAUUCUGUUGUGUGGAAGCUCGAAAAUGGCAACUUUCUUUCUUU